AUGGAGGACAGUGACAUGGUGCUGGUUCGAGACAGACAAGCAGACUCCGACGAAAACGACCCAAUGAUUUUUGGACGCGUGAUUUUUUCCCUGUUCGACACCGCUAAACCCAUCAUAGCUGCAGCCGAGUUUGGCCAGAGAGAAGCAGUGCCACGUUUGGCCAGGCAGGAGUUGAAGGAUGCUUGGCGGGUGUAUGCCUUUGCUUGCUGGCCUUGCCCCGUGCCCAGCUAUGUCUUCGGGAGGUGGGCGCAACUUCCAGUACCCCACACCAUGAAGGGUGAUGCAGACAUGCUUGCCGAUCCUGCAAUGCAGACCUUGUUGUGGUGUGACUGCUGCCAUUCGAAACAGCGGGAGCCGAAGAAACAUACCCUCAGCGCCAUGGAGGAAGGUGCACCAAUAGCACCGGUCGCGGGCAGCAAGCAAGAGAAGGUGCAGGUGCAUCGGUCACCUUUGCAAGACAUCAAACGUCCCAUCACUGCCCAUUGCAAUGAAGAUGCCUGUUUGGACGCUUUUUGCUUCGGCCGCAAGAAGACUGCCGUUGCGGUCGCCUUGGUCCGCACUGGCAGCGGUCAGGCCGGCCAACGGCAGCUUUGGUUGAAGCAGAAUGAACCACAAUCAAGUUCUACGGACUAUGGCACUAUGGGUUUGACCAAUGCAAUGCUGAAAUGUGGUUGUACAGGUGCGCCUGAACGGUUGCCCUUUGCACACCGUGAAACCCGACAUUCUCCGGGUCAAGGCAAGGGAUCAGGAGGAGGUCCAAACACUUUUGCUAUUAUUCACUUGUUGAUUUUCAGGUCUACGAGCCUCUCCUACUCCUGGGCAAGGACCGCUGCAGCAAGGUGGGCCAUCGCAAAGGGCAUCGUGGCAUACUACCAGAAGUACAUCGAUGAGGCAUCCAAGAAGGAGAUCAAGGACAGGUCGCUCUGCCCGUGCUCGCUUCCAGAAGUCUUACCGAUGAGAGGGCGCCUUAGGUCAGGAGAGUGCUCCGAAGCUCAUGGUGAGGGCCAGGACUUGGCCAUUCCGGCCGCAGGCUGGACACCGCAGCUCGGCUCGAAGACGGUCAAGUCGACGGCUCGAGAGGAGGACUCGAUGUCUCAUCAGGACUCUCCGCUCUCCACUCGGCCAUUUCCAAGCCUGGCAGACUUGCGACUGCAGGUGGACGAGCGGCUGCACGAGGCAAUCAAGGGAGGUGCCUUUCAAGGCACCACACGGAGCCGCAGCGAGAACAGCAGGCUCCGAUGGGAACUCAGGGCAGCUCGAUGUGAGCUGGAGCAGGGCGAAGUUGAAGCAGCCUGGCAACAAGAGGUGGAAUUCUGGAAGGCAGAGGUGAGCAGACUAGAAGCAGAGUUGCUUGAGCUAAAACAGCAUCGGGCAUCUGCAGAAGCGCUCGGAAAGGGCCUGCAGAAGGUGCAGCCCACGCCGCCAACGUCCCAAGCGCGGCACGAGGUGGUCAGUCCUCUCAGUCGAGCCGAGCGGGAACUGGCCCAGCUGGAGAGCGAACAGGCGAAGUGCGAAGCAGAGGUCGAGGAGGUGGAACGGCGAAACGCCAAGCUGCGCUAUGGCCUGAAGCAGAACUUAGGGCUGGAGAGAGGUGGUGCAGCACGUCUCUUUGUGAGUGCGCUUCCUGCACUGGAUGCCUCAUCUGUUGAGGCGGCCCGCACUGCUCUCCAAGCACACCUGAAGAUGAAGGACGCGAAGGACUGA